AUUGUUUACGAAUGAUACUCAUGACUACCGUCAGUCCAGUGCUGAGGAUCGGCCUUGGAUUGCUGGAUGUGUGGCCUGGUGUCUCGUAUUCCAUUCCCUAUUGGCUAAUUUAUAUACUUAGCAUACUGACCAUACAGUAUUUUCAAUAUCGAUACGUAUUCGAGCACUUGGAGAUCAGUGAGCUUUCGAAUCUCAUUGACAGCUUACCCGCAGCUUUAGACUACAGCUUGACGAUUUUGAAAUUAAUCAGUCUUUGGAUGCACCGUCGAGUCAUUUAUCAACUAGUGACUGCUAUGGAUAACGAUUGGCGCGAAUGCGUCGGUAGUGAUCAGCAUUUGUAUGUGAUGACAAUCAAAGCCAAUAUAUCGCAUUGGUGUUCUAAAGUUAUGUUAAGCGUUAAUGUAAUUACUGCGGCAUUUUAUCUUUUGGGCGAAUACGCAAUUCGUUUUGUUUAUCUAUCUGGAGAUUACAAUGAUACCUUUCGGCAGUUUCCAAUCAAGGUACAAUUUCCCUUCGAAACUCAACAAUCACCGAUUUUUGAGCUGCUGGCUGUAACUCUAUUUCUACAUAUGAUGUUAAAUACAUGCACGCUCGCUAUUGUGAACGCAUUAAUUUCUACUUUAGUGCUUCACGUAAGCGGACAAAUUGAUAUAAUGUGUCAUGAAUUUAAAAAUAUUUCUAAGAGUGUUCUUCACAAAUCUUCCGCAAACUUAAUUGGAAUGCUGGUAGAGAGGCAUAAUAGAAUUAUUUUGUUUUCCAAGAACAUUGAAUCGCUUUUCUCUUUCAUUGCUUUGAUGCAAGUUGUUUGGAAUACGUUACUUAUUUGUUGUCUAGGAUUUGUCAUUAUAAUUUCUAUUCAUAACAAAGCUGGAGUUUUCGUGAUAGUCAAAAGUGCCACUGGUUACUUUGCUGUAAUGACUGAAGCCUUUGUCAUUUGCUUUGCCGGAGAAUAUCUUAGCUUGAAGAUUAAAUUAAUUGGCAACGCGAUAUAUGAAACGAUGUGGUAUGAUAUGCCGGUAGAUCAAAGUAAAAUUAUAGUAUUAAUAAUAAUGAGAUGUCAGAAGCGAUUGACGAUUACGGCAGGCAAAAUGAUGGAUAUGUCAUUCGAAACUUUUACAAGUAUUAUAAAGGCGUCAGCAUCAUACAUAUCCGUUUUGAAUGCUAUGUAUUGACACAAAGAAGACUGCCAUAUACAAAUUUGCUAAAAUGAAAAUCUAGUUAAUGUAAAUUAAUAAGCAAAAGUAUAGUGACAGUGA